AUGGUCGCGACUACAUCUGUUUCAGCCAUGAUUGUGGCUGUCACUACAUUAAUUGACUACGCUCAGGCUCACGGCUACAUUGCUAAGCCUCCUCCUACAUGGAAGAGCAAGGAGACAAACAAAUGGGUUGUCGAAAUUAAGCCUUUAUGGGACGGACCGUGGGACAAAUCUAAGGGCGACGAGGGCCUUUUGUCCACAUUCAAGGAGCUGGCGGCAAAGAACAACUACAAGAACGUUCGGACAUUGAUGGACGGUAACCCCGCGUUCGGUGAGGAUUGUGGUUUUACAGAUCCCAAGGGCAAACCUGUUGAUCCUCCAUCAGAUGGCACGGCCACCUUCUCCCGUGGUAUCGUACACGCUGGUCCGUGUGAACUUUGGUGCAAUGACAAGAUGAUCCUUCAGAACGAUGACUGCCAAUCAGCUUACGGCGAUGGCACGCAGCAAACAAUUACUGUCUUCAAACCCGUAAAGUACUCAUUAUGUCCUUCAGGUGGUGGCCUGCUUCGAUUCUACUGGCUCGCUUUGCAACGUCUCCAAGGCAAAGUGGUGUGGCAGGCAUACAAGAAUUGUAUACCUUUGACGGGUCCUGGUAGUGGUGGUGGUGAUUCCAAUGCUGGGAAAGACUCUUACGGUGACUCGGACCCCACCCAAACGCCAUAUGAAGAGGAUCCUACGCAAGUCUCUCCAACUCCUAAUAAUGACUCCAAGUCUCCCUCGAGUGAAUCGCCCCAAGUUGCUCCUGCGCCGCCUCCAAAGAGCAAAUGCAAAGGUGCUCGCCGUCGCGACUAG